CGAGAUAUAAUUAUUUAUAGAAAAACACGGUCGGCGGCGCGGCGUGCGGCCGCUCGCAAGUUGCAACUCUAUCCGUCGUAUUUGUGGACGCGCGCCGGGCGCGGCCCGCGAGUUGCGACCUCAUUGUGAGUGUAGUGCGCUAAUAGUAUAAUAUAUUAUUAUCGAAGCCAACGCUGAAGUACAACUAUUAGUUAGUGGCAGAAGUGACCUAGGGGACCUAGGGGAAUGUCGCGAUGACGCAGGAGGGUCCAGACCGUGUGGAGUGCGACGGCGGCGGCGGGUGGCAGGGCGCGGGGCAGCACGAGGCGAGCGCGCGCGUCGUGCUGCAUUGCGUGUUGGCGCAGUGCGCGGCGCCCGACCUGUGGCGCUGCGGUGCAGUGUGUCGCGCGUGGCGUCGCGCCGCCGCCGACGCGCAGCUGUGGCGCCGCCUGCUACAGCCGCGAGCGCGCCCCGCCACGCUUGCGGCGCUGGCGGGUUUGAACGAAAUAGCGGGAUGUUACGAUGAUGAAGCCAGCGUUUCGACGGGCGGGUGGUGGCGCGGACAAUACGCUCUGUCAGCGGCGCGCUGGCGGCGUCGCGGGCAGCUCGCCGCCGCUGCCGACGGCGCCGCUAUCGCCGCCGCCGCGCUGCACCGCGCCGCUUCGCUGUUGGCCCUGUUGCGGGAUGACGGACGCAUCACGGUUUGGAGCUCCACCUCGACCGAAUACGAGCCAGCGGAUCCCGCUUCGUGGCAAAAGCGGUGGGAGGGUGGCGCGGGGGCCGAGUGGAGCUGCGGGGCGGACGCGCGCUGGGCGCCGCGCGCGCCGCGCCUGCUCGUCGCCGGCACACUCGCCCUGGCCGACAGACUAGAAGUUAUCGUGUACGACUUCGAAGUCCCGGGGCGCGGCGCGGUGCUUUGCCGCGCGACGGCGGUGGGUGCGGGUGGCGCGGCGGGCUGCUGGGUCGACGACGCCGUCUUCCUCACGCUGGAGCUGCGGCUGCUGGCGCCCGGACAUGCCUGCACCACGGUCUGGCUCAAUGCCGCCACGCAAAAAACUCAAUCAGAGCACGCCGGAGUGAUGUCGCCGCUGUUGAGAAUCUACAACGAGUCUGCAGCGACUAUAUCUGACGUGGCGGUAGUAGAGCUUCCACCGGAAUCGAAGGUGGGAGCGGAACCGGGAGCGAAGGCAGGAGCAGAGGCAGAAGCGGAGGCAGGGGCGAAGGCGGGGGCGGAUGUCGAGCUCGGCUGCCGCGAGCCCGAUACCACAUACUACCACGCACUCGCUUCCAAACAUCGAUCGACUCCUACCGGCAUGCACGGGUUGAUCGCGGUUGGCGGAGCUACGGGCGGGGAGCGGGGCUGCGGACGGGCGCUGCUGCUGUGGCGACUGCCGCGGUCGCUGGCGCCGGCGCAGCUGCUGGUACGGGACGGGCUGGCGGAGCGCGUGCGACGGCGGCGCGAGCGCCCUCAUACGCCGCCGCCGGAGGUGGAGCCCGACGAGGCUGCCGUACGCGCGCUCUGCACGCCGCCGCAGGCGUUCUGUCUACUGCCCUCACAAAUUUUAGGUUUCAUCGUGCAUCCCAACGAGCGGUGUGUGUGGGCGUGGUGCACGGCAGGCGCGGCGUGCGCAUCGCUGCCGACGCUGCGGCCGCUGCUGUGGCUACCGGCUGCCCCCGCGCCCCGCCCUGCUCCCGGUUUGCUGCCGUACCGCGUUCUACCCGCUGUCGACGACGACCUAUUCAUCACGCCGAUGGGUGGCGGCAGUGGUUGUGCGUGGACGUGGGUGGUGCGGGCCGGCGCGGCGGGCGCGGCGCUGUCAGCGGCCGCGCCGGUGCUGGCGACGCUGCUGCUGCCGCGCCCGCACUCACACCGAGUGCCGCCGACGCUUGCGCUGCUUACGACCGACGCGUUAGAGUUGUGGCAGAUCCGACUACCGUAAAGCCAUUUUACUAUGCGGCCAACUGGAAUAAGGUCUCGGUGGCCACCUAGAACGCGAUCGCAGUAGGGUCGCUAGCCCCGGCCGCGGACAUGGCGCUGC